GAGCGCCCAUAAAGUGGCGCUCGCCGCACCCCGCCCGACAUUCGCCGGCGGCCACUGCGCAGAGCGGUCUCUCCUCAUCCACGCACUUCGCUUCGCUCCUUCUGCAACCAUGUCUGACAAACCCGAUAUGGCUGAGAUCGAGAAAUUCGAUAAGUCGAAAUUGAAGAAGACAGAAACGCAAGAGAAAAAUCCUCUGCCUUCAAAAGAAACGAUUGAACAGGAGAAGCAAGCAGGCGAAUCCUAAUGAGGUGUGCACCGCCAAUAUGCACUGUACAUUCCACAAGCAUUGCCUUCUUAUUUUACUUCUUUUAGCUGUUUAACUUUGUAAGAUGCAAAGAGGUUGGAUCAAGUUUAAAUGACUGUGCUGCCCCUUUCAUAUCAAAGAAUUGAGAACUACUGACAACCACGGAGGCCGAGCCUGCCUCUCCCAUCUGUCUGUCUGGCUGGCGGGGAAGGAAAAGAACUUGAAUGUUGAUGAAGGAAGAAAGCUGGGUGGGAGGAAAGAGAAAUCUAGAGUAAUAUCCAAGCUGGUCCAAGAUAUCCUGCAGGCUGUAAAAUGCAGUUUAAUCAGAGUGCCAUUUUUUUGUUCAAAUGAUUUUAAUUAUUGGAAUGCACAAUUUUUUUAAUAUGCAAAUAAAGUUUUAAAACCUG